AUGAAGGUCCCAACAUUAUUCUUUUUGGCCUUCUUCGGUUUUUCAACAAUCGUACUUUCUCAAGAUUUUGGAGAAGUUUAUUGUGGAAGAAGACUUGCAACAGCUUUGGCUCUACUUUGUGACAACAGUUUGAUAAAAAGGUCCGAAAUGCAACAAAAUGUUGCAACGGAUACGAGAUGGCCGUGGCUUACCUCACAUAGAGCUCACAGUAUGGGUCGAAGCAAGAGGCAGGUGGUCUCCGAGUGCUGCGACAAGCCUUGCACUAUUAAUGAGUUAAUGUCUUAUUGUGGUGCCUUC